AUGACUGAAGAUAUGCGAGCUCUUGAGAAGAAUCAGAUAUUGGAAUUAAUACCGUUGCCAAAGAGGAAGAAGCCAGUGAGAUGCAUAUGGGUUUUCACUAUUAAACGUAAACCGGAUGGUAUGGUGGACAAGUACAAGACCAGAUUAGUUGCAAGAGGAUUUACUCAAACUUAUGGUAUCGACUAUCAAGAAGAAACUGGCAUGUUGGAUUGUAAGCCAGUGAAUACACCAAUUGAACAGAAUCACGACUUGGAAGAAUCUUCUUAUCAUACACUAGCAAUCAAGGAGAGAUAUCAUAGUGAGAAUCAUGUGGAUGCAGUUAUGAGGAUUCUACAAUAUUUAAAGUUUGCGGGAAAGGUCUUAUGUUCUCUCGGUAUGUUACAAGAUAUACAGACUUCGAUUGAGGUGGGAAAGGAGUUAAACGAAGGUCUACUUCUGGCUACUUCACAUUUGUGGGAGGCUAGAUGCAGUGGGUUUGAUGGUGGCACAGCUUCAGGUGGUGACAGUAAUGUUUAUUUAGGCUUAUAA